AUGCUGUGGGUGUCAAACACCUUCCACUACAGGGCCUACUACACCCUCAACGCCUUCCACCACAGUAACAACUAUAACACCCUCAACUUCCUCCACCACAGUAACAACUAUAACACCCUCAACUUCCUCCACCACAGUAACAACUACUACAUCCUCAACUCCCUCCACCACAGUAACAACUACAACACCCUUAACUCCCUCCACCACAGUAACAACUACAACACCCUCAACUCCCUCCACCACAGUAACAACUACAACACCCUCAACUCCCUCCACCACAGUAACAACUACAACACCCUCAACUCCCUCCACCACAGUAACAACUACAACACCCUCAACUCCCUCCACCACAGUAACAACUACAACACCCUCAACUCCCUCCACCACAGUAACAACUACAACACCCUCAACUCCUUCCACCACAGUAACAACUACAACACCCUCAACUCCCUCCACCACAGUAACAACUACAACACCCUCAACUCCUUCCACUACGAUAAUUGCUCCAUAGUAUACAAUGAGACAGACCAUGAUGGCUACUGUUACACAGGGUACUGCAAUGAGAGCUGCCACAUAAAUGGUGAAAGUUGGAUUGUGAGUAACUGUACAAAUGGAACGUGUAUAAAUGGCAGAGAGCACAUGGGCCACAGACCGUGCCCUACUCAAAAGCCUGUCGUCUGUGCAAAUAACUUCGCUGCAAUUCAAGUGCAGGAUGAUGAUGGAUGCUGCUCCCACUAUGAAUGUCAAUGUAUCUGCUACGGGUGGGGAGAUCCCCAUUAUGUCACAUUCGAUGGAACCUACUAUGGUUUUCAAGGCAACUGUUCCUACUGGCUGGUGAAAGAGAUCUCGCCCAAAUAUAACUUCAGUGUUAUGAUUGACAACUACUACUGUGGAGCAGCUGAUGGCUUGUCCUGUCCUAAGUCCAUCACAGUCUUCUACAAAAGCUACAAGAUCUUUAUAACGCAAAAUGAUAUAAAUGGCACGUUUAAAAAUCAGAUUUCCGUCAAUGGCAGGCAUGUAAGUCCUGCAUACCAGAACGGUGACUUCCGUAUGACCACCACUGGUAUUGAUACAGUGCUUACCAUCCCUCAAAUCCAUGCCAAGAUCACCUUCUCAGGGCUCAUAUUCAGCAUCACCCUGCCCUAUAGUCAAUUUGGCAACAACACCUGGGGACAGUGUGGCACAUGUGAUAACAACCGGACAGAUGACUGCAUGUUGCCCAGUGGCAAAAUUGAUUCUUCAUGUCCUAAUAUGGCACAUGAGUGGCAUACUAACGACAGCAGCUGUAAACAACCUCCUCCCACACCAACAACAACUCCUACGCCCGAUACCUGCAAUACAAGCAUCUGUGAGAUCAUCAAGAGCAGUGUAUUUGAAGCUUGCCACAAGGUCGUUGACUACCUUCCUUUUGUGGAGGCCUGUGAGUUUGACGUUUGUCACAUGCACAUUAAUAACGUUGGCUGCAUCAGCUUACAAACUUACGCUGAAGUCUGUGCUUUGGCUGGAAUAUGCAUCAACUGGAGGAAUUCCACCAAAGGACUCUGUGUAUAUACAUGUCCAAGUCCAAAAGUGUAUCAGCACUGUGGCCCUUCGGUGGAGCCUACCUGUGAUUGCUGGUACAACCAGAAGUUUAUCGAUACUGUCAAUGAGUUCAGUGAGAUGACUAGUGUUGAGAUGGAGGGUUGCUUCUGCCCCAAAGGCACCAACCUCCUCUCCUCCGCCUCUGAUGAAUGUGUUCCUACCUGUGGCCAAUUCCACGUGGACAGAAGACUGUAA